UCACAGGUAGGGAGCAUUUAUCUGUUGUGCUGUUUAGGGGCAAUAAAAUGUAAAGCAACUAAUCUGCCUGGAUCCAGAAAGACAGGAACUUAUCUACACACUGUAAAACAUUACUCUAUGAAAAUCAGUGCAGUAAAGUACAGAAUGGAGCAAUAACUAGAAAAAUGUUUGGUUUAUUGUAAUGAUGACAGGCCUUAAUAAUUUCAGACGCAUAAUGUUUCAAUGGCAGAAAAAAGUAAAUCAGUGAGUAUUUGAAAGAAACAUAAAGGUGAAGUGCAGGUGAACUACAUACAGAACUCACACAGUAAAAGCUCCCUAUAGUUAAGUUCCUCCUCUCAAAUAAUGAGGCUACUGAAAGGAGGUAGGCUUCUACUGUUGCUGAAGAUCACUCUUGGACUGGGAUCACUAUGGAUGCUUUCCUUACUCAGUCGCCCAAAAACAAGCUGGGAUCCUACCUACUUUCUCAGCUACAGCUGGUUGGAGUAUACAGAUGCUGAUGGCGGCCCAGAGACAGCGUGCAACUGUUCAGAGAUCCUGCGUGGAGAGAGGCAGGCACUGGAACAAGCCAAAUUACUGACUCUCACUGAAGACUUCCGCAAGAGUGUUCACAUCCCUGAUGAGUAUUACAUUAAUGCAACCAAAGACUGUAGGGAAUUCAAGUUAAGCAGAAAAUACUUAACACUCCCGUUAAGCCAGGAGGAAGAGGACUUCCCUCUGGCUUACUCUAUAGUUGUUCAUCAUAAGGUGCAGAACUUUGAGCGACUGCUGCGAGCCAUCUAUGUACCUCAUAAUAUAUAUUGUAUCCAUGUGGACAAAAAAUCAGAUCCCUCAAUCUUCUCUACCAUUAUGGCAAUUACUUCCUGUUUCCCGAAUAUCUUCAUGGUCAGCAAGCCUGUGAGCGUGGUCUAUGCUGCCUGGCCGCGUGUCCAGGCUGACCUUAACUGUAUGGCUGACCUCUAUGAAGCCAGCACAAAAUGGAAAUACUUCAUCAACCUUUGUGGCCAGGAUUUCCCCCUGAAAACCAACUUGGAGAUGGUGAGGAUGUUGCGUUCAUUGAAGGGCGGGAACAGCUUAGAGUCAGAAAAAAUGCCUGAGGGAAAGAAGUCAAGAGUGACAAAAUCUUACAAGAUAGUUGAUGGAAACAUCCAGGGGUCAGGAAAAGCGAAGGAGCCACCUCCCUUCAACCUGCCCAUUCUGUCAGGAAAUGCCUAUAUUGUGGUUAGCCGAGGCUACGUGCGCAGUGUGUUGGAAGACAGCCGAAUACAGACACUGAUUGAGUGGGCCAAAGACACCUACAGUCCUGAUGAAUUUCUCUGGGCAACCAUUCAGCGAAUCCCUGGUGUUCCUGGCUCAGCGAGGCCCCACCCCAAAUAUGACAUGUCAGACAUGCAUGCCAUUGCACGACUGGUGAAGUGGGAUGGUCAUGAGGGGUCGCUGGGUUCUGUGCACGCAGUGUACCCAGAGUGUCAUGGCAACCAUGUCAGGUCAAUCUGUGUAUAUGGUGCUGGAGACCUAAAAUGGAUGCUUAAGCAGCAUCACCUCUUUGCCAACAAGUUUGACAUGGACACAGAUCCCAUUGCUAUCUACUGCUUGGAGAAGUAUCUGAGACAAAAGGUACUGGCUGAGUUGCACUAGGUGCAACUAGAUGCAACUCAGCCUUACCCAUCAGGGCACAGAUCUGUAGAGUGAACCUCUCAAAAGCCACAGUGUCCCCUCGCCUAAUGUUUGGAGAAUCCAUUGCUGUAGAAGAGCUUGGUGCUGUCAACUGGUAGGAGGUUCUCCAAGGUGAUUUUGAGUCGUGCAAAUUCGCCAGGGUCUCUACAAAAUCUGGUAUGGUUGGCUUUGGUCCCCGGUAGCUUCUCUUGAAACUUCUUCUUGCAGGAUCUUGAAAUGGUGACUCAGGGUGAGUGCUCACUCACAUCGGAUGCUUGCUCUGAUGUGCGCUUGACCAUGUCACCUUCGAAGGAGUACCUUUCGCACACCUCUAUUACAGGCCCAUUGGAUGCAUCGCACAGUUUAAGAUCGUGCUCAUCCUUUUCCAGUUUGGUCCAAAUUUGUUUACAAAGGGUUGACUUCUUUGACUUUGGUGUUCUUUAAAAUCAUUUUGUUCAGUCAUGGAAUAACAGGUGAAAUCAGUGGGGUUUUAAUUGCUGAAAGUAUUUAAAUAUGGUUCAAUGAUUGCUUGAAUCAUGUAAGUGAUCAUCAUACACAGUGAAUACUGGGUUUGCAUUGGGAAACGAUUUGUAAAACACAAUUUGAUUUAAGAUGUCCAAAUAGAACUGCAGAUUACAAAGAGGGGAAUCAUCUUUGCCAAUCGUGCGAAUGUCUUUUCAUAUUGUUUCCUGGUUUUUAUGUUUUUUGAAAAUAAGUUGUAUUUCCAUUACCUAAAUGUGAAA